AUGGAUUUGGGUGACCUGACGCGGCCGGCAAUUCUUUGCCAGUGCCUGCGGUGCUCCAGCUCGCUGGCCGUGCUGGAGAACGAAUGGGGCAAACUAUCUAACGUCUAUGCCGUUACGACGGCGUGGUUGAGUGUCAAUCUGCAACGUAUCUCGAUCGCCUCGGAGCAGAAGCACAUUCCGCAGACAUCUGAAAUGAGUCUUCUCCGUGGUCGCAUUGCUCAGGAUGUAUCCUGCAAAUUGUGUCAACAGAAAUUGGCGGUCCUCUGUGGACUAGACAAUGGCCCCAACAUUCUCUGGAAGAUGUCAAAAGUGUCAUUCAGAGACAUCGUGACGAUGCGAACCGCCGACCCCCUAUUCAAAGAUGGAGCCCUCGAUAAAUUGCUCCCCCCUCCCGAACCCCCUCGACGCUCCGCUCAAGAUAAUGCCUUGGUACCGGCGAGCGCACAAGAUCCAUACUCGUUAGAGCCAUCGGUGCACCAGCAAAUGCAACAUCAGGGCCGGAGUAUUGAUCAAAUCUCUAACUCGGUCAACCACCUACAGGAUACUAUGGCUGAUCUGAAACUUUCAUUCACAUCGCUUCGCAUCGAAUUGAACGGGCCAAGUCGGAGUAUCAGCGACCAUGGAGCGAUGGGUGGACCUGGGUUUGACAUGAUUGCGACAGUUCUAAAGGAGCUGAAGUCCAAAUCAGAUGAGAUUGAAAAGCUGAAGCUGGAAAUCGAGGCAUUGAAGCUGAAGAACCGUUUCAUGGAGGAGCGCAAACCCAGCAGCCCCGAGUAUUCAUCCCAGAUGGAUAUGAAUGGUAGGCUGGCUGAUGUACAAAGUCCCGGUCUUCUCCAGGCUGGGAGAAAGCGGACAUGGCCCGACGCAUUUCCGUCAACUGGUCCAGCACCUGCGAUCGCGGAUUCCUUUGAUGAGGAAGAUAUGGUUGAUGACCUCUCGCUCGAUAAUUUGACAACAUUCAAUGUCCGUGUGCCACCUAAACAACCGCCACGCCAAUUACCGUCCAGCCUGGCUCAGCUUCGCAUAGAGGCUAGCCAGAAUGACAUCACCCCAACCAGCACACCACCAGGAGGCAAGCCCGAACAAAACAUGUCUAAGCGCCCGCGGCUUAUGCAACAAACCAAAGAUUCUGCAUUGAAUGCCGGAAAAUCCCGCGGACGGCCGCGGAAGUCAAACGGCACCCACCCACCGGAAGAAGAUAUAGCAGCCUCGACCUCGCAGAACCCCUCGACCCAAGUGCCAUUAGCGCCUUCAAGUCCAGACCCACAGGCUACUAAGCGUCGUCGUCUCCGCCGGAGCACACGGUCUCAGUCAUUCGGGCCGACUUCCAUGCGGUUACAGGUUGAACCAGGGGAUUCAAACACAUCAGCGCAAGAACCACCAUCAACAAACGGCGCAGACGCCAAUGGCAAUGAUGAUACUCAUCAGAAUGGCGAGCCAUCAUCCGGUCCUACCAAAGGCUCCAGUAAGGAUGGGACGAAGACCUCUGAGGAGGCACGGCUUACGGAGGAGGAAAGACGCAAGGCCAAGAUCGCGGCGCGGGACGCCCUGACUCGGAGGGCUAUGGAACAAGAAGAACAGAUGGAAACGGAUGGAUCUCGUUGA